AUGGAAUCAAAUCAAGUACAAACGUAUCAUAUUUCUCGAGCAGAACAACCUGACGAUAAAGAACAAAUCGUACUUCGAGCUCUAAUUGGUAAUCCAAAUCGGCAUAAACCAUUAGUACAACAUCCACCACCGACUACAAACAAAUCUCAAGACGCAACACCAGCACCAAUGUAUACACUUGAAACUCGAAAUCGACCAAUUCCAUCAAGAGUAUUGCCAAAAUCAAAGGAACCAACAGUGUAUUAUAUUGAACCUAAACGAGUUGAACAAUCUUUGACAUAUAGUGUUCCAUUGUCGAAAGAAGAACGAGAUACAACACAACCUUCCGAACCAGAAGUAUUGAAGAGUGUAGAACAAGAACAAGAAUCUCCUCCAAUUGAUUUUCUCGAGCCUAAAAUUAUUUCACAACCUGUUCUUUACAGUGUUGUUGCAGAGAAAACUCCUUUGGUUCAAAAUGAUCAACCAAUAACAACUAAUCAAGAUGUAGAUUUACCUAUACUUUAUGCCAUAACUGGUCAAUCUCAUCUUCCAACUAUAGAUAUGGGUGCAACUACUUCAAAUGUUAAAACACCUGUUGUUGAUAAAUCUCCUAAUUUUUAUUCUUUGGUUGGUAAUCCACAUAUUCCAAUUAUAGAUAUGGGUGCAACUACUUCAAAUGUUGAAAUACCUGUUGUUGAUAAAUCUCCUAAUUUUUAUUCUUUGGUUGGUAAUCCACAUAUUCCAGUACAACCUGAAGAACCAAUAUCAAAAACUUCAUCAUCACAAUCACCACCAAACCUUUAUUCAAUUGUUGGUAGUCCAAUACUUUCACCAAAUACGUUACAAACAAACGCAGUUGAUUCAACACUGUUGACACAACCAGCAGAAAUUAGUUCCGUUCAAUCAGAACCAGUUUUGUAUACAAUAGUUGAUGAAAAACAAAUACCAACUAAUAUACCAAAAGAAGAUCAUCUACCGCCAGUAGAACCUGUUAAAAAACAAACAAAUGAUUCUACUUUGUAUACAGUGAUUGGAGAUCCUCAGAUACCUCAAUCAAUGACACCUAUUCACAAAACUCAACCAAUAAAACCACAAGCAUCAUCACAACAAAUUCAAAUACCUACAUUGUACGCAACAAUUGGCAAACCGAAUUUACCAUCGACAGAAAAAAUGACUAUUCAACCAAAACCAUCUGUAUCAAAGAAGACACCAUCAUCUACUGACGUUCGUACUAGACGAACUAAUCAAAGUCUUGAACGUAAAACAGCACCAGAAGCAGUAAUCGAAGAAAUUACUCCUAUUUCCGAUACAAAAAAUAAACGGCACACGAAAUCACAAGAAUUAAGAAUACCAAAAUCAGAAACCAUAUUUGUUCCUAUUCCUGAAUAUGAACGUGCAUCACGUCCGAAACAACUUCGAACAACUCCUCGAAAUAUAAGUCCUAGACAAACACAUCACAAAAUGUAUGCGGUUCCACGUUAUGAACCAUUUCGUCCAUCUGAUUACAUUUCACCAUAUACUUAUCAUCCAUCAAAACCAUAUCGUGAACAAACAUAUCGUCCUAAAUUAUUACCUAUUGUAACAAAUAAUUCUUCUGAACGUAAAACAAGACCACUACUUUAUGAACCUCGUCAUCGAGUCGAACGAAAACAUCCGUAUGAUCCAUGGACACCUCAUUCUUUAGAAAGAUAUCCUUAUAGUACAAAGCAACCCUCUCGUUUAUGGGAUUUCGAAGAACAUGCUCUAACCGAUGGUGAUGAUGAUAUGAAUGACUCAACAUCAAGUGGACGAAAAGGAACUUAUCGAAGAAUUCGACCACGUUCACCAUGGAUACCUGUUUGGUGA